AUGUCUGCCAAGGUUCCUCGCAACUUCCGCCUACUGGAGGAGCUCGAGAAAGGAGAGAAGGGUCUCGGUGCUGAGGCAUGCAGUUACGGUCUUGAGGAUCCUGAGGAUCUUCUCAUGAGCAGUUGGAACGGCACAAUUCUUGGUCCCCCUCAUUCCGUCCACGAGAACCGUAUCUACAGCGUAAAGAUGCACUGCGGUCCUAAUUACCCUGAUUCACCUCCUACGAUCCAGUUCAUCAGCCAGGUCAACCUUCCCUGCGUCAACCCCAACAACGGCAUGGUCGACCCCAACCAACUGCCCUGCCUUGCUCAAUGGAAGCGGGAGAACACCAUGGAGACAGUUCUUAUUGAGCUCCGAAGAUACAUGGCUUCAUCCCAGAACAAGAAGAUCCCCCAGCCUCCCGAGGGUUCUACCUACUCUUAG